ACACGUCACGCUGCAUGUAUACACGAACUAACGCAGCAUAGAAAUUAAGAAAAAUAAAGCAUUUUUAAAAUAUAAUUAACAUACGUUUGUACGAGUUAUUAGAAGCAUUAUUGUUUAAUUUUCUGAAAAAAAAUACAGCACAAUAUUCCAUCCCUUUACGUGUAGAUGGGUCAUAACCGCGAUCUGUGUUUUUUUUGUUGCGCACACGGACAGCUCGGACAGUGUUUAUUAGAUUAGAAACGAAAUUUCGAACCCAUUAAUUGCAUGUGCUGUCGUUUAUUUCGUGACGGACGGUGCGCGUUCGGUAUUAAGUGUUGGAAAGAUUAAAUGUGUGUAUAGGCCCGCCCGCAGAAAAAAAAACGUUUUUGCCAAUCGUUUGAUGUUGUCCCAGAAAGAAACUCCAUUCAGGGCGUCCGGCUGUCAUCAGUUUGCAUCUUGAAUGCUUAUACACUGAACGAUAUGUGAACCGUGUGGAGCAUAUUUAUCCGUAGUGCUGUGAAACAACACCCACCUCCCCCCAGGCACGGGCACUUGGAGCACUUGGAGCGCCCGAAACGCUCGUAAAGUAGUAAAGUUGUGCCGGAUACUCCACAAACUCAAUCAACCCCCUGGUCAAGAACACAAGCAGUAGUAGUGGUAGAAUCAACGCGUCUUGAAGUUGGGCGUAAAAAAAAGCAUCAACCGAUCAACACCAAAUCAACACCGAUCAACCGUAGGGAAGUGUUUUUCUUUCCCUCACCCCUUCUCCCCGCCCGGUUUUUCCCACCCCUUCGUACACCGCCCGGGCCAUGGCUCACGUCGACGAAAAUGGCUGUGCGGGUGCCGUACCGGAUGGACAACCCCGGAUUGACAGUUCACAAGCCUUGCUAAUAGAACCAUCCGAUGGUACAUUACCGCUGCGGAUUAAGGUUGUUGCCGGGCUGCAGCUCGCAAAGAAGGAUAUAUUUGGCGCCAGUGACCCGUACGUGCGCAUUGACGUAAACCAGAUCAACGGCGACGCAACCGUCCUGUCGAAGUUUACCAAAACGAAGAAACGCACGCUUAAUCCAAAAUGGAACGAGGAGUUUAUACUGCGCGUGAAACCGACCGAACAGAAGCUGGUGCUGCAGGUGUUCGAUGAAAACCGGCUAACGCGGGAUGAUUUUCUUGGCAUGGUCGAGAUACCGCUGGUCGAGGUGCUGAUGGAACGGCCCGGCAUUACAAUACCGGUCAAGAACUAUCCGCUGCGACCGCGCAGGUCAGUUCGCGCUCGUUCAAACGUACGGGGUGAGCUACAGCUGUACCAUGCGUACAUUAUCGACCAGUAUCCGAACGAGACGGAUUGGGAGAUGAUUGAGUCAAAUCCGGUUCCAGCCGUCAGUAGUACACCACGUACGUCGACCAGCAACGGUGCGACGUACGAGUUGCCGCAGGGUUGGGAAGAACGUCAGGAUGCGAAUGGACGUACGUACUAUGUCAAUCACGUUGCCCGAUCCACCCAGUGGGAAAGACCCACGGCAGUGCCUAUGGAAACAAUUGCGGAAAGCGAUAUGGAUGUAGCCUUCCAGCGUCGUGUGCACAUUAGCGUAGACGACAGUGCAACGUCGGAUUCGGCUAGUAUUGGUUCGGAAUUGGCUGCCCAACAGUUGAACACUUCACGCAGCAAUUCGAUUGUUUCGUCGUCUACCGGAAGUCUCGCGCCCAAUGGGGCCGACACACAGCAAACGGAACGUAAUGAAGAAUCCACCGUUGUGCUGCGUUCGAACACGGUACAGUCGUUACGGGCGAUGCAUCUUAGCACUCCUCCCCGAUUGCCAGCAGCGCUCGUGCGUAGUUCUAGUCGUGCCGUCCCUAUUCCCUCCGGCAAUCGUACCGCAACAUCGCUGAACCGGUCCAGAAGUACCAUUCCAAGGCGACCAAUAGUAGCGGAACGACGCACGGUACAAAGGAGAAUGCACGAACAGUUCAAGCUCACCGAGGAAAGCCUACCGGACACUGAAGAGGACGGGGAAAAUGGUGGUGUGCAGCUACGUUCGGCUGCACAUGUUAGCGAAGGUGGCCGUCGAUCGUCGAGUCGUUCGUCCAUCGGUAGCGAUAAUAGUUUGCGUGCCCAACAGCAGCGUAUCGAUGCGGCGGAGGAGGAAAGUAUGGUUGGUACUAGCGGCGCAGUCGUGCGAAGUGGUAGCAGUAAUAGCAAUAGCAGCAAUGCGAGCGCUAGCAGUAACGUAAAUGGUGACCGUCGUCCUUCCACCAGCACCGGUAACAAUAAUAACAACGGUGGCAGUACGUUCGGUACAUCCGCUCCGGGGAACCAGGGUAGUAAUACCAUCAACAACAACGACACCAGUGACGAUCGGUCGUCGACUCGAUCGUCCACGUCCAACGAUAAUGAUUCCACCGGCAGCAGCCCGUCGGGUGGAGGGGGUAGUUCCACAACGUUACCGACCGGCUGGUCGAUGCAGCUCGCACCGAACGGGCGUGUAUUCUUCAUCGACCACAACGAGCGCAAAACGUCAUGGGUUGAUCCACGGACCGGCCGUGCUAGUCCGAUGCCGACCAGCCAGGGUUCUACCGCGCUGAGCGAUGUACGGCGACCGGAGGAUGGGCUUGCCCCAUUGCCGGAAGGCUGGGAAGAACGUGUCCACAGCGAUGGCCGUAUCUUCUUUAUCGACCAUAACACCAGGACGACACAAUGGGAAGAUCCACGACUGUCCAUUCCAACGAUCGCCGGACAGGCGGUUCCUUACUCGCGCGACUACAAGCGAAAGUACGAAUAUCUGAAGACGCAGCUCCGAAAACCGCAAAACGUACCGAACAAGAUUGAAAUCAAGGUUCGCCGAGCGUCCAUCAUGGAGGAUUCCUACCGGAUUAUUAACUCCGUCACGCGGCUAGAUCUGCUAAAGACGAAACUGUGGAUCGAAUUCGAGGGCGAGGCAGGGCUGGAUUAUGGUGGGUUGGCGCGCGAAUGGUUUUAUCUGCUUUCGAAGGAAAUGUUUAACCCGUACUACGGACUGUUCGAGUACUCGGCAAUGGAUAACUACACGCUUCAGAUAAACCCAUACAGUGAGCUGUGCAACGAGGAUCAUUUGCUGUACUUUAGAUUUAUUGGCCGCAUCGCAGGUAUGGCGGUGUACCACGGUAAGCUGCUCGAUGCGUUCUUCAUCCGGCCGUUCUACAAAAUGAUGCUGCAGAAACCGAUCGAUCUAAAAGACAUGGAGGCAGUGGAUACGGAGUAUUACAACUCGCUCGUCUGGAUCAAGGAGAACGAUCCGAGCGAGCUGAUGUUAACGUUUUGCGUGGACGAGGAAACGUUCGGACAGACGACGCAGCAUGAGCUGCUGCCGAACGGGGCGGAUAUUGACGUGACGAAUGAGAACAAGGACGAGUACAUACGGCUCGUCAUACAGUGGCGGUUUGUGUCGCGGGUUCAGGUGCAGAUGCAAGCGUUUCUGGAUGGAUUCGGUUCGCUGGUGCCGUUGAAUCUGUUGAAAAUAUUCGACGAACAUGAGCUGGAGCUGCUAAUGUGCGGCAUCCAGAACAUUGAUUUGCGCGACUGGAAGCGCAACACACUGUACAAGGGUGAUUACUAUCCGAACCACGUCGUCAUCCAGUGGUUCUGGCGUGCCGUACUGUCGUUCUCGAACGAGAUGCGUGCCCGGUUACUGCAGUUCGUCACCGGUACGUCCCGUGUCCCGAUGAACGGUUUCAAGGAGCUGUACGGAUCGAACGGACCGCAAAUGUUUACCAUCGAGAAAUGGGGUACGCCGGAAAAUUACCCGAGGGCACACACCUGUUUCAAUCGGCUCGACUUGCCACCGUAUGAAAGCUACAUGCAGCUGAAGGAACGACUGAUUCAGGCUGUGGAAGGAAGCCAAGGUUUCGCGGGUGUUGACUAGAAACGGUACAAUUCGCUAGCGAAUGUGUGAUGUUGGGCGAAACGAGUGACGCGAAUCAAACACACGCCGUCCAGUAGGCCAUCAGCAACAUCCCGUAAAAACACACACACAUUUACAACACAAUCCCAAACCCACACAUACAUACACUCAUGGACGGUUUCUUUCGGUCCAUGUCGUCGUCCAGUGCAGCUCUCUUCCAUAUGGUCCACCAGGUGAUCUAGGGAUCUGUGCAGGGACGGCUCAUGACAAUCAGUACAGAUGCAGGUGUGGUUUAGUUAGGUUAGCGCAUAUUAGCAUAGCUAGGAUAGAUAGGAAGAUGGUGGAACAGUACCCAUCCCGGUGUGUGAACGGUGCUUAGGAAUGGAGAUGAUGUGCCACCGGAAACACGGUGGAACAUUGUGGCCGGCUAUUGAAACUUAAACAAAGUGAUAUUUAAUACCAGCUGCCAAAAAAACAAAAACAAAACGAAACAAAUCAUUACACUGAAGCAAAACAAAUGCAAUCGAAGAACCUUAUUCCGCGCCGCGCAUCACGAAACAUCACUUCAUACCCGCGGUUGCACGCCGUAAACCCCCCCGCCCCCCUUCCCCUUUUGUACACAACAUUCAGCUACUUUUGCUGAGGGAUACUAUGCGUAGAUAUUGUAAAAUCCGUGCGUGUGAUUCAAACAAAAAACUCCAAAGAUAUCGCCCAUUUUUUGCAAAACCAUUAACACUAGCGGCUAGAGAACUGACAGAAGAAAAAAAAUGCUUACCUCCUUCAUUUUAGUUAAGUCGUUAGUAUAGGUGCGAAAAAAGAAAAACAACAACAUUAAAUAUUUAUCCACAAAGCUAGCUUAUAUUUAUACAUAUACCAGCUCUUAAUUUUCCUCGUACCAGAAAUAGGGCGAUAAAGUGUAACAAAGAAACAGUGAGCGAAAGAAGAAACGAGAAUGAUGGAUCGAUUUGCAAACGGACAUAAGUUAUCUUAGGGUAAACCUGUAGUCAACGAUAAUAUUACAAAGUCGAGCAGAAUAGCAAAAAAAAAACAACACGAUUCACUAGAAAAAUAAAAAAACAGCUCGCGGCAAAAAAGGAAGCAAAGCUGAGCGGUUCGUUUUUUGG